AUGUCUGCACCAAACACCGCACAAAUGACGGCUAGUUUAUUCCGGCCUAAGAAGCUUAACCUCUCUGGCUUCGUUAACACCCGCCUGAUUCGUGAUCACAACAAGCGCAUGGCAUUCGAGAAGACCGAGCCCGAACGCCAAGCUCUCCGUUACAUGAUCCGCAACACCUCUCUCCCCGGCCGUGUACGCGUCCAGGCCCAGCUCCAAUUGGCGCAGAUGCACCCUUACACUCGUCCCACUCAGAUUAAGAACCGAUGUGUAGAUUCAGGAACUGCUCGCAGUGUCUUCCGCGAUUUCAGAAUCAACCGAUUCCAAUUCCGUUUGCAGGCUCUCGCUGGCGAACUGCCCGGUGUGAAAAAGGCUUCUUGGUAA